GAGGCUCCCUCCGCGCCAGCGCGGUGGCUGCUGGGUGCUGCGCGCCUUGCCCCUCUAGCUGCGCUCCGAGUCCGCGUCUCCUCCCCCUCUGCUCGCCUGCUCCCUGGCGUGACUCGGCACUCGCAGCUCCGGGAGGACACGUCGUGAUCGCCGUUCCCGCCCAGGCCCCGGCCUCCUGCAGCCUCUCUCCAGCCUCUCUCGGGCUUUCUUCUUAAGUUUUGAGGCCGGAAGCGUCGUGGCCGCCCUGCCGGGCUCUCUGUGAGAAUGGUGGGAGUGAAGCCGGUCGGGAGCGAUCCAGAUUUCCAGCCGGAGCUGAGUGGGGCGGGCUCCAGACUUGCUGUGGUCAAGUUCACCAUGAGAGGGUGUGGACCGUGUUUGCGGAUUGCCCCAGCGUUCAGCUCUAUGAGUAAUAAGUACCCACAGGCAGUCUUCUUGGAAGUAGAUGUGCAUCAGUGCCAGGGAACAGCUGCCACCAACAAUAUAUCAGCAACACCUACAUUUUUGUUUUUUCGAAACAAAGUGAGAAUUGAUCAGUAUCAAGGAGCAGAUGCCGUGGGACUAGAAGAGAAAAUCAAGCAGCAUUUAGAAAAUGAUCCUGGAAGCAAUGAGGACGCAGACAUUCCAAAGGGCUAUAUGGAUUUAAUGCCUUUUAUUAACAAAGCUGGUUGUGAAUGUCUUAAUGAAAGUGAUGAGCAUGGCUUUGACAACUGUUUACGGAAAGACACGUCCUUCUUGGAGUCUGACUGUGAUGAGCAGCUACUUAUUACUGUGGCAUUCAAUCAGCCUGUUAAGCUUUAUUCCAUGAAGUUUCAAGGACCAGAUAAUGGUCAGGGUCCUAAAUAUGUAAAAAUUUUUAUCAACCUACCCCGAUCUAUGGAUUUUGAGGAGGCAGAAAGGAGUGAGCCAACUCAAGCUCUGGAACUGACAGAAGAUGACAUUAAAGAAGAUGGCAUUGUUCCUCUUCGUUAUGUUAAAUUUCAGAAUGUUAACAGUGUAACUUUAUUUGUUCAGUCUAAUCAAGGAGAAGAAGAAACAACGAGAAUUUCAUAUUUUACUUUCAUUGGUACUCCAGUCCAGGCAACAAAUAUGAAUGACUUCAAACGACUUUUUUAAUACAACUCAGUGAACUAAAAGCAGAAGAUUUUUUUAAUGAAGUAACAAACAGAUAAACUCUGUCUCACUGUCCCCCCUUUGCUUCAUUGCUCAUCUGUCACCCACUGCUCUCACUCUCCCCAGUUCUCAGUUGUCGCUCCAAGAUCUCUUCAGCUUCAGCAGCCGGAUCAGCUUCUUGUUACCUAGAUUGCCUCAACCAUCUCUUCCUUCAGAUCCACCCCACUCAUGACUCAGUUGGCCCUUUAUUUUGCUUGCAAUUAGAUGCCUUAAUUUUCUUACCACACUGUGUUGCUCACAAGGCAGUUUUGUUUUUGUUUUUUAACCUGCUGUUUUGUUCAAUUUUUUGAGAAACAAUUUUGAAGUAAAACUUAAAUGUUACAAUGCUUUUAAAUUUAAUUAGUUGAGUAAUAUUUUUAUCCAUUUUAAAGUUUUAUAUUUUAGGAACAGGAGAAUUGUUUUGGAAAGUGUUUUUUUUUCUUUUUUGUUUCUCUUUCUUUUUUGGCGUUUGCUCUUUUUAAACUAGAGUUAGUGUUACAUACGUCUUAGGUUUUAGUUGCAAGUUGUGAGUUUUCACAUUGGAACAAUAUCCUCAAUCGUUUUGUGGUGUAUCCUCUCACUCUGAACUCAAGGCCAGUUGAAGGACAUGUGGACUAAACAGCGGGCUGGGUUAAAACACUAAUACAGAAGAUCAAUGGAUUCUUUACUGAGCGAAAGCUUCUAACAUCUAAUUUCGAUGUACCUACACUUUGGUUUGUCUGGGGUGUAAUAUAAAGAAUUAAGACAGAAUGAAAGAGCUUUAUGUUUGGGGUAAGAGUCCGCAUGGAAUGCUGAAUUUCUUCUUUUUUUACAGAGAAUACAUAUUGGCAAGUUGAGAGUUAUCAACCUGUGAAACAGUAUGCAGACUUGCAUCUCCUACUGUAUCACAUCCUCUAAAAUUUUGUUUUACUAUUAAUUGUUUUCUUUUGCUUAAUCUAAUAGCUCCAUGUUUUGCAUUUCAUAAGUAAUACAGUUAUUAGUAAUUUUGUAUAGUGUGUCAUCUAAAAUUCAUUCGUGGCAUAGGCAGUCCCUUCUCCCCUGCAUUCUGAUGUAUUUUAAAGCUUCGUUUUUCUUACUCUUGUCCACCCUUCUGUUUUCUGAUGCUAUUGUCCUUUUGACUUCUGAGCUAUUCUACUAUAGUUUGCAUGGACCAAAGAGGAAUUUCUUUAAAAGUUGUCCCUGGGUCAAGUGAAAAACUACACAAAAACUCAGAAACAUCUUUUUGUGGUUAAUAAUUCUCAGUGGAAGGUGUUUUUAAGUCUAUUCUCAUGAAUGGCAUUGACCAGCUAGCUAUUUUCUACUACACUUAUGUAUUAGUGACCUGUGGACACUACUGUUAAGAACAGAAUCACUUUAAAAUAAGAAACUUACUACGAACAGACAAGAGGUUCAGUAUAAGGGGGAUUUCUUUUGAGACACUUAUGCUGUGAGAAUAUAUUAUCUAAUGACAAACUCUGCUUAGAUAAAUUGCUCUAUAACAGAGAACCAACAGAGGACCUGGUUUCAUGAUUUAUUGGUAGACAUCAGGUCUGUCUUUCUUUUUUUUCUUUUGCUGUGACAUGUGACAUAGGAACUAAGGUAUUUUUAUAGACCUUUAGGACUAGAU